AUGCCUGAUGGAAGCGUUCAUGCAGGCAAUAGUAGUGAUAAUCGCAUAAAUGAGUCUCAGAAAUUAAAUAACAAUGACAGUUACGGAUUAUGCAAGUAUGAAGGGGAUAAAUCGCAGCAAGGGUCACUUAAAUUGGAUUUGCCCAUCUCUAAGGGUGGCGAAUCACUGCUAAGAGAUAUAGAUAUCAUUUUAGGCCUAAACCAUAACAACACUAAGCAAGUGGAUACUAUCGAAAAAAAGAUAUCAAAUUCCUUGCUGAAAACGCCAUUUCCUGACUUUUCAGAUUGUGAUCUGGUUAGCAAUGAUUCCCAAUCGGAGGAGGAAGAUUUUGAAGAGGUGACCUUGAUGAAUGGUGAGAAUUGUAGAUGUCUGAAAAUUGAAGCUUUUAAUCGCAUAUAUAAAAUCCUCAAAUUCCUUCCAAUGUUCAAAAAUAAUGGAGUGAUUCUCGACCCUUCAAAAUUCAUUAAGACAAUAGUCCUUUGGGAUUGGAACGGCAGCACUUGUGUACAAUUAAACAAUUCAUCAUCAAAUGACGGUACCAAAUAUAAUUUUGUGUACUUGUGUCUUAGAAAAGGUAUGCCUGUUAUUUUGAUGGCCAGGCAUAAAGGUUGGGUAUACGCUAGUGCCCAAAGUUCCAAACAGCGAGGCUGGUUUCCCUGGUACAUGCUAGUAGAUCCAGCAGCAUUAAUUGAGUAUAGUUAA